CACAUUUCCAGGCUAUGUAAACACAAUGAAGAAGCGAGUCAUCCUGGGGUCCCGUUCACUGUCAGUGUUAAUCUGUGGUAGUAUUAUCUAUUCUCAUCACACAAAGGGCACUCAGUGUCACUCUGUGGGAGCAGAGAUUCCAUUACAGAGGCAAUGCUGUUGACUGGAGUGGGGGAAAUCGGUUCACGAAAGCGGCCUGUAUCUCUUUGACCUUGUGCUGCACGAACUUGCUUCAAAGAGGGAGGUCGCUGUGCAGAGAUGGCUAUGGUAUGUCUCACUGAUUUUGAGGAGUAUGCCAAGGAGCAUUUGUCUAAGGCGACCUGGGACUAUUACGCAGCCGGCGCUGACGAGUGCUGCACGAGAGAUGACAACCUGCUGGCCUACAAACGCAUCCGCCUGAGGCCACGGAUUCUGCGGGACGUGUCUGUGAGCGACACUCGGACCACGGUGCUGGGUACUGAGAUCAGCUUCCCAGUGGGCAUCGCACCCACUGCGUUUCACUGCCUGGCCUGGCAUGAGGGUGAGAUGGCCACUGCCAGAGCUACGGAGGCUGUAAACACCUGCUACAUCACCAGCACCUAUUCCACGUGUUCCGUGGAGGAGAUUGUUGCCGCGGCACCCAACGGUUACCGAUGGUUCCAGCUGUACGUUUACCGUGACCGCAAAGUGUCUGAGCAGAUUGUUCACAGGGUGGAAGCCCUCGGUUACAAAGCCCUCGUCCUGACCGUGGAUGUACCAUACACUGGAAAACGCCGCAACGACAUUCGCAACCAGUUCAAACUCCCACCUCACCUCAAGGUCAAAAAUUUUGAUGGAGUCUUCCAGGAGAAUGCAGGACCAGAGGAAUACGGGAUCCCUGCCAACACUCUGGACCCAUCCAUUAGCUGGAAGGAUGUUUAUUGGCUGAAAUCCCUCACACGCCUGCCAAUUAUCAUUAAGGGCAUCCUAACCAAGGAGGAUGCAGAGCUGGCUGUGGAGCACGGUGUACAAGGCAUCAUAGUGUCCAAUCACGGCGGGCGACAGCUUGAUGGAGGGCCGGCUACGAUAGACUGUCUGUCAGAGAUCGUGGACACAGUGCAAGGCAGGAUCGAGGUAUACAUGGACGGUGGGAUCCGCACGGGCAGCGAUGUGCUCAAGGCCCUGGCCUUGGGAGCCAAGUGUGUGUUUAUCGGAAGGCCAGCAAUCUGGGGCCUUGCAUACAAGGGUGAAGAAGGGGUGAGGGAGGUGCUGCAGAUCCUGAACGACGAGUUUCGUCUGUCCAUGGCUCUGUCCGGUUGCAGAAGUGUUGCAGAGAUAAACAGGAACCUAAUUCAGUUCUCCAAACUUUGACCCGACGGCAACGAGAAGUGCGCUCGCUGGCGGGAUGGACUUUGCUGGCGUAAUUAACGAGGCCACGACAGUGAUCUUUUCAAUCCCAUGCCGUGUUUUUACACAGGGCCCAGUGUACUCAGUGUUUGUGUGACACACAUUAAGAACACAGCACAUGAGAUUAGGAUUAGGAUGAUGGAAACACAUAGUACAUUUACAGCAUUUUUUUUUCUUUCUAAUCAACUGUCAAGAGUAACUCCAUUUCAUACAUGAAGUAAAUUCCAGAAACUCUCCUGGGCUCUUAGAAAAAUACAUGGUUUAUUUAACCCAGACUGGAUCUUAUCCUGUUUGAGUUUUUACCUGAAACAAAGACAACUUUUUACUCAGGUUAUAUUACAUCACUAGCUCUCCCCUGAGAUGUUUCAUUUUCACCUGUGAGUGGGAUUGCUUAGAGCAUGAGGGACUGUCAGUAAAGGCAGUAGAAAAAAAGUAACAGAAGUGAUUUGAAAGUGGAAUAUCAGGUACAUUGUGGUGUGAAAUGCAAAAUUACUGAAUAUAUGAGAAAGUAAUUAACGCUCCCCCAGGAAAACUUUGCUCUUUUAAUUUGAUGGUAAUAUGAUGGUACCAGAUGGUGACAUAAACUGUAAUAUUGGAAGGAGGGAUGGUUUCAGCACUGUAUACUUCAAGUGAAGCAGCAAUGCCUUGUAACUCUCCAUUCACUGAAUAUUCAUUCACUAUGGAAAAGCCACUUUGAUGCUGCACCUGGGUAAAAAAAAAAAAAAAAGAAAAAUUAGACAAAAUAAAGAAAUGAUCCUU